AUGUCCGGCAUCUCCGCGCCGCUGAUGGCACUGACGCGCGGAUCCGUCGCGCGCGCGCCCCGGAGACGUCGCAACGCGUCGCUCCGCGAGCCCCGCCCGUCGCAGCGUCUUCCUAUCCUGAAUCUUAAUAAUCUUCGUCUCGAGCUUCGAACCGGCGGGCGCGUGGUGUUGGUCCGCUCGGCGAAGCCGUACCGGGGAGACGAGAGGUCCUUCUGGGACAACGCCCCGGUGGAGUCCCGCCACAAGGGAUACGUCCCGGUGCCGGGCUUCGGCGAGUACUACACCCCGCCCGCGCCGCCGCCCGAGCCCGAGGAGGAUGACGACGAGGAGGAGGGCGACGAUCGGUGGACGGCGCCCAGCCGGAUCCGCCAGCAGCCGCCGGAGGAGGGGCGACGGGGACUUAACGAGAGCCAGGCGGCGAAGGGGGCGUACGUCCCGGUGCCGGGGUUCGGCGAGUACUACGCCCCGCCCGCGCCCGGCAAAACCAAGGGUAAGGCCAAGGCCGGCAAAGAGGAGCGCGACGAGGACGACUCCCAAGAUCACGCGUGGGCCAGCAAGGUUCGCUCUCAGCCCGCGGAGGCUGGGCGCUGGCAGCCCGGGGACACCGCGCCUUACGUGCCCACCCCGGAGCCGCAGGCGCAGCAAUCGCGGGGAUGGUUCGGCUUCGGCGGCGGCGGCGGCGGCGGUUCCGAUCCCGCGGAGGACUAUUACGCACGCGACGAUCAAUCGUGGAGCGAGCAAUCCUUCGCAAACGACGAGCCCCUUCCGUCGGCGUUCACUGGCGCGGCGUCGAAUUUCUCCGAUUACGGCGACGACGAGCUCCGCCGCCUCCGCGUCAUCUACGGCAUGUUUCGCAAGACCGUCGCCGCGUUGCGGUACAUCGUCCCGUUCACGGGAGGCCUGGCGUGUUGGAUCGCCGCGGCUCAGACGCUCACGGCGUGGUGGACGAUGGCGUCGAUGGUGCCCUUCCUCACCGGGCUCCUCACGUUUUCCAUGUUUGGCUUUUUGGUCACCCUCGGCGCGGCGUUUUUCAGCGGGAUGUACAUGGCCGUCACGGUGUUCACCAGGACGCUGAGAUACAUGCUCGACGGGCGGAUGACGGAGGCGUGGCCCGCGCACAGGGACCAGGCGCAGCCGCCGCCGAUGCAGAUCACCGCUCAGAGGAGUCAGAGGGUGGCUAAAAACCAAAACCAGGUGACGGUUGAUUACGUCCCGACGCGGCCCGUGUCGGACGAUGAACCCCCGGACGUCCCGGUCUCCGCCAUCCUCCCCGAGCUCUACGCCCCACCCCGGGGCCCCGCGAAGCCCGAGCCGACGCCCGAGAGCGACCCCUUAAGUGGUGAGUCACCGCCCGUGGGUGGUGAGUCACCGCCCGGUGAGUCACCGCCCGACGACCCGAUUGCGGCGAAACCCCCGCCCAAGCGCGCGCGGGUGGACCUGCCCCUCGACGUGCUGCUCCGCGUGGGCGGCGGCGCGGUCGAGAAGACGGGCAAGGCGGUCACCGGUGAGAAAGAGGGAGGGAGCGGGGACGGGUACAAGGAGCUGCCGCCGAAGAAGGGUGGUGGGGUCAAUACGGGGUCGACGAACGAUUCGAACGCGCGAGUCGUCGCCGAACAAGCAGAGCAGAAACCUUCGUGGGACUCGGCGGUGCGCGAAGGAUCCGUGUCCGCGGCCGGGGAGCUGCGCCCGGACCCGGCGGCGGACGCGAGGCGCGAGGCGGUGGUACCCCCAAGCCAGCGAAGCACCGUCGCGUCGAAGGAGCAGCAGCAGCAGUGGCUGAGGAGGGAACUGGAACGCGAGUGGGAGGAGGUCGGCGCCGGAGAGGAGUCCGUUCGCGACGACGAGGAGAAGAAGAAGAAGGAGGAGGAGAAGGAGGAGGUGAAGAAAAACGGGGGAGGUUGGAACCCCAUCAAGGCGUUCUUCGGCGGCGGCGCGGACGAGUCGCCCGCGCCCGCGCCCCCGACCGCCGCCGAGCCCAGCCCAGCCCGGCCCAGCCCGAAGGCGCCCGGCCCGGCCCGGCCCAGCCCGGCCCGGCGCGAGACCCCCGCCGCCGACGCCGGCUUCGACCCGGUGAUGGGCGCGCUCAGGUGGGAGACGCCCGCGGGCGAGGCGACGAACGCGAACGCCGCGCGCGCGGCGGAGGUGGCGGCGAGGCUCGCCGCGAGGGCCGCCGUGGCGCAGCCGGAGCAAGAGCCGGAGCAAGAGCCGGAGCAAGAGCCCGAGCCCGCGGCGGCUGUUGACACGUCAAAGUUUGCGGAGGAGGCGGCGGCGGCGGCGGUGUCGGAGGUGCGGUCGCAGCGGAGGCGUUCGAACGACGAGGACCGGAAGAGGGCGGAGAGGAACGAGUGGCAGAAGAGGGCGUCGAUAUCGGAAACUGGCCAGCUCCAGUCACGCGGUGCGAUGGGCGGGCGCGCGAAGGCCAAGGGUCGCGGCGGCGGACGCGGCGGACGCGGCGGCGGAGGCCGAGGACGCGGCCGAAGCGCGCACGGCAGCGGUGGACGUUUCGGAUGGGGAGGCGGCGGCACGGGUCCGUCGUCCUCCCGCGGCGGUGGGAUCUACGGUCCCGAUGCCGGUGGUGACUACGUCGCGCUCAAGGGCGCGUCUCCCGGAGGGUUCUUCCCCGGAUACGGCGGGGGCCCGAAGAGGAAACACCGCCAGAUGCAUCAGGCGUACGCCUACGCGGGAGCGGGAGGCCGGCGGGUCCGUCGACAGGGCAGCGACGACGACUCCGAGACGACUUCCGAGGAUGACGUCGCGGGCGGCGGCGCGCCCGACCACGACCACGACCACGACGAGGACGAGGACGAGGACCGGGACGACGACGAAUCCGACCCGAACGUCGAGCGCAACUCCGUCAUGCGCAUCGGCGGGAUCGAGAUCCGCAUGGAUCGACCGGGCGCGCGCGGCCGAGGCGCCCGCGAGCCCUUCCCGCCCCGCCGCGAAGCGCCAUCGGUCGACGACGACGACGAGCGAGACUCCGAGGGCGAGUGGGGCAGCGAGCUCAGCCUCGACUCCGACGCCGUCGACGACUACAUGCGCAACUGCAUGAACGACUCCGACGACUCCGACGACGACGAUGACGACUCCGACGACGACGACGCGUUCAACGAGGACGCCGCCGCCGACGCCGCCGUCGCCGCGGCGGAGGAGGCGUGGGAGAGAUCUGAGCGCGACGGGUACGGCGGUGCGCCUCCGGAUGACGAGCUCCCGAAAGACAUCGAUGGCAAAGAACAGGACAAGGCGGCGCGCGCGGCUCGCCGCGCCGCGCGGGAGGACCGGUACCUUCGACGGAUGCGGGACAUGAACCUGGACGGCGCCGAGGUGCCGUCGCCGCGCGUCUCAGACUCGGACGUCUCGGACGAUUCCGAGGCGGAGAACGAGGCUCUGAAGGGGGGCGACUACGGGGCGUACCUGUGGGGCACCGGCUCGGGUAAAAAGAAGAAGAAAGGGGCGGGCGGCCAUCACGCGGACGGCGGCUUCCCUUUGAGCGGUAAGCGCGCAGCGAAGAAAGCGGCGAAAAAGGCGGCUCGGCGCGGCGAAUCCCCCGAGAGGGACGCGGGUUUGAGAAGGCCGCGAGCCGUCGCGGAGACGUUGGCGGGGAUGAUCCGAUCCGGCGGCGCGUACAUCGGGUUUCAAGCCGGCAUGUCUCCCGACGCCCUUCGCGGUCUGCUGGGCAUAGCCCACGCGAUGGGUCUCAAGGCGGAGGUGCGGGGUGGGGGUAAGCGGCGGCACGUCGUGGUGCACUGGACGCCGAGGGCGAGGGUUCCGAGGGACGGGGACGAGCGACUGGAGCGGGCCAUCGCCACGGCGGAGGGCCAGCCGUACGGCGGCGGUGGCGGCGGGAGGGGGGGGGUUUCCGGGAGGAACGGGACGAGUUCCGCCCCGAGUUUCGUGUCGGCGGGCGUCAUGCGAAACGAUGACGAUGACAUCGACGACGACGACAGAAUGAACGUACCCGUCGGGGACGUCGACGACGAGGCAAAGCCGGAGGCGGAGACGGACUUUCCGAUCGAGGGGGAAGCGGCUGGUUUAGGGACCGGUUUAAUCCGCGAUGAGGUCGAGGCUGAGCUGGCGGCGGCGGAUGCGGACGUGCGAGCGGCGGAGGCUUUUCUGACCGCCGCCGCCGAGGGUGCAGCCGAUGGCGACGGAGUCGAGGACGACGGCGAGGAGGUCCGACGGGGCAACAGGGGCUUGCGCAGGGCGGCGAUGGCCGCGGAGCGGGAGCUUCGCGCGUCGCUGGCGCAGAGGAAGAAGAAGGGGGACGGGAGAGUAGUGGGGGCUGGGCACUCUUUCGGCGCUUUCGAGGCGCACACCAGCGGGUUUGGUUCGAGGAUGCUCGCGAAGAUGGGUUUCCAGGGCGAGGGCGCCGGUAUGGGGAAGGACGGGCGGGGGAUAUCGGAGCCAAUCGCGGCGUCCAUCCGGGGCAAGCGAGUCGGACUAGGAGCAGAGCGGAAAUGA